AUGGAUAGCAAAGAGAACUAUUUUAACAUUAAAUAAAUGACAGAAUCUUUUAGGAAUGUCAAGAAAUAUUCAUAACAUUCAAACACAAUUUUAGAUAUGUUUGUAGAAAUAACUUAGAAAUUAGACAAAUCAUCUAAAGAUUAUUUAUCAAAAGUAAUUCCUAUUGAUGAUGAUAAAUCAACACUAAGUUAAGUUGAUAGUAUAAUAAUAAUGAAUUAUUUCAAAUAAAUAGUCAUCUAUCUCAUUAAAACUAAGGUAGAAUUAGAAGAAAAAACAUAAUAAAUUGAAUCUCAAACAUAAUAUGAGUCAUUGAUAUAAAAACUAGAAGCUGAUGUUCGUUAACAUAUUCGAAUUGAAUAAUAAUUAAGAGUUUAUACAGAAACAUUAUAAUAAAAGAUUGAUGAUUUUGUAAUAGAAAGAGAAUAAUAAAUGUAAUUAUUAUAAGAAUAUGAAUAAUAAAUAAAAUAAAAGAAUAAAGAUAUUGUAAUCUAUUAAAGUGAACUUCGUAAAGCAGUCAAUUAAAAUUAAUAAAGACAUACAAAACUAAUUACUGAGCCAAUCCUUGAAGAAUAUGAUACAAAAUAUCAUAUGAAUAAAUUAAAUUAAACUAAUUACACUCAUUAACGUAAAGCAAGUCAAGUUAAUGAUGAUAAAUCUGUAUCUAAUAGUAAGUAUCAUUAAUAAUAGAAUCUCAAAUCAAUAGUUACAAAAAUUCACCAGAAAGAAUCCCAAUACGUAAGAUAUCAGUAACUAAUUAUGCUGAAACCAAAACCAUCAAAUAACCUGUAUUUAUAAGAUAACCAUGGUAUAUAUAUAUAAAAUAUAUUAUAUUAUAGUCCUAUGUCAUAUUCACAUUUAAAAACUGAAGCUUAAAUCAGUUAUAGAAGUAGCAGUUAAGAAAGUAAGUAUCUAUAAAAAAAUUAAAUAAAAUGA